CUAUAAUCGUUUUAACAACAAAAAGAGAACAGAAUAUUAAUAAUUUGCAAAAAACACUAGGAUAAUCAGUACAUAAUGGAUUCUGAUGAUAGAGUAUAUGCAGCGGAACGCAUAUUAAAGAAGAGAAUCAAAAAGGGAAAAGUUGAAUAUCGUGUAAAAUGGAAAGGAUGGAGUCAAAGACAUAAUACAUGGGAGCCAGAAGAAAAUAUAUUGGAUGAUAGGCUUAUUGAAAUUUUUAAUAGAUCUCAAAAGUAUUCAACACCGAAGAAACAGACGGGAAAGAAGCGAAUUAUGGAAGAUUCUGAUUCAGAUGAUGGUGAUACAUCACAAGUUGAAAUUGAAGAAAAAGAGCCACCAACAAAGAAGGAAAAAAUUAAUAAAGCUAAAGAAAAGGAGACUGAAAAGAAAGUUAGUGUUAAAAUUGAGAAGAAGCAGGAAACAAAUCAAAAGAAGGAAGAAGUUUCUAGUCCGAAAAUAACUGUAACAAUUCCCAGUAAUAACAAUAUUAUUAGCACACCGAAAGCAUCACCAAUUAUAGCGAUUCCAAAAAUUAUCAUUCCUCCGGAAGUUGUUUCAUCACAAAACGAAGAUUCAUCGCAUAGUAGUAGCAGUGAUGAUCACCCAAUUGCCGUAUCUAAGGAAUCAGAUAAAGCGAAACGUAAAGCCGAGGUGCUAUCUAAAGAGUCUGGUAAGAUAGGAAUUUAUAUCAAAAAGACAAACAUAAAUUCUCCUGCAGUAACACCAACAUCCACAACAGUUAAGCCUUUAUUGUCACCUAAAAUUAAAAUUGAAAAGAAAUCACCAAUCUCAACGCCAAUUUUACCGCUACCUAUAAUAAUAAAGGAAGAGGAGCAAGACUCUUCUUCCACAACAACAGAAACUUCCGUUUCGUCCGUUUCAGUAACAAAUGAACCAAUUAUUGAAAAGAAGGAACAAGCAGAAAAUACUGAAAGUAUUUCAAUUAAAGUCGAGGAGCCUAAAACUCCCGAAAAAUCACCCACGUUGGAUGAAUCAACAAAAACAUCAAGCAGCAAGGAGAACAAAUUUACAAAUUUGAUGACAAAUAGUAAUAUGAAAUUGUUAACAUCACCAAAAUCAGCACAUCCAAAAUUAUGGCUACCCAAAACUCAGUCGACAUCCGAUCAAGUUUUUAUCACAGACGUAACAGUAAAUUUAGAGACAGUAACGAUUCGUGAAUGCAAAACUGAACGGGGAUUUUUCAAGUCACGACAAGAAAUGGAAAGGAAUCUCACAACAGCACAAUAAUUACUUUUUCGAAUGACUUUUAUGUUUUUUUUUUAAAUUAUUUUAUGAUUUCUUUACGAUUAUUUGCCAGUACAACAAAUUAAUUAGUAAUAUGUAUAUAUCCUUCUUAUUUUUUUAAUUUGUAUCAUUUAAGAGCCUUAUUUAUAAGAGUAUUCAUUCUUCAAUCUUAAUUUAUUGCUUUGUUUAAGUGGAACUGCUUAAAUUUGUCCAUAUUUAAGUGUCUUUAUGAAUUUGGGGCUCGUCGAAAAUGAAUUCAGCGUCAGCGACCGCAUGUUUUUUGCAUUUUUUUUUCUUUAACUCCUAAAGAUACACAAAAUAUAAAAAUGAGGGAUUAUAGAACUUAAUAAGACCUUCAUUUGGAUAUAGAUAAUGUUAUCCUUAACAUCCCCGUUGAAUUUUUUUCUUGAUUAUUUUGACGAGCCCAAUUUAUAAUUUUUUAUUGUGUCAAACAUUAUAAGCCAGUAGCUUUGAGCAAUAAAACUAAGUUUCCUUUUUUGUUCCAACUGUCUACUGGAACUAUUGAUGACUAUAAUAAUGAUUCGUUCAAAAUUUGUACCUUUCAACAAUAAAAUUAAUAACAUUAACGCAUAAAAUCUGUGUUUAGAACUAUAGAUGAUUAUGAAUAAUAAAAAAGUUGACUUCUUUUAAUUCCAA